CCACCAUCAGCCACAGUCGGGUUUGAACCCAGGACAUUAUCUGGAUUAACAGUCUAAUCAUAAUACCACUAAAUCGUCACCACCUCUGCUUCAUUUCCUGUGUCCCAAGAUGUUGAAAGGAAGCAAUGCAAAGGGUUAAUGGAUGGAGCAGGUCCCUCGGCCUGAUACACAGAUGUGGACUCUAAAGUAGCGACAAUUUGUUGUUGACAAAAGCCCUGGAAAGCAGCCAUGAUUGAACGUGCCCAACUUCCAGCAGCCUCAAAACGGCAGCCCGUGUUGGGUUGGAAAAUCCUCCCCCUGUUCCCCCUCACGUCAGUUCCUUCGUUGUCUCUAAUUUGACAGACUUCCAAUAAAGAUUCGAGCUUCUAAUUCAGAAAAACGGGAAAUCUGGGAUUUACUCGUUACCAACUUGCUGGCCACUUCUGACUUUCCAAGAUUUAAAUCUAACUCGACUGAUGGAUUAUUUCAAAGCUUUGACACCAUUUUUUAAAAAAGGAUUUGGUUUUAAUUACAUUCCCCGCUGUAACAGGAGGUUGAAUGAAACAGCUGAACAUGUUGUCUUUGAAUAAACACAAAAGCCCUUUCUCCGGCAUUUCUUUUCACUAUCCCUGGUAUGGCGCAUUUUAGCGCGUUUUUGUUUAAAAAUUCUUGGAUUUAUUUCUCUUUGCAUCUCGCUCAACAAACUGAAUGAGAGUCCAUCGUGAGACCCCAGUUCAGCGACUGAGCAGGAUCAAGGAUACAAACAGAUGGCACCAGGUGCCAGAGUAGUGGGUGAAUUGCCCUUCUCCAGGGAAAUGAGAUGAAAAGUCUUUAAUGGUGGAAUGCAAAGUGUGGAGAUGUUGAGAUGAAAUUUUAUCAUGUAUGUCUGAAGAACUCAUUAAAGGAGCGACAAGGGGCAGUGAAGGAUUUGAGUGUGGCUUUGUUCCUGGUUAUAUUUCUAUCAGAAACCUCUCUCGCUUGUCAGUUUGGAGUAUUCCAACCCCAUACAACAACGUAUGAUUUGCCGCUCAAUACCCUGAGGACGCAUCUCCCUACAGACUACAACUUCACUGUUUUCUUGCAGGACACUGCCAAUAUGGACAGCUGUUGCGUUGAUCUGCAGGCAAUGUUGUCCCUGAAUCGGUCGAUUGGACAUCUUUACCGUCACUCGAUGGAUGAGCUCCAAAAUUUGACUCUCGGCGUCCUGCAGCAGCUGAAAUUUCUAGAAGAUUGCCCUGUUAAUGAAUCAUUUCAAUGUGAAAUGGUGCAGUGGAAUUCUUCACAUCUUCUCCUGAACUUGAUGGAUCACUUCAGACGUUUUGACGCUACCUUCGAGCAGAAAAAAUGUGACUUUGGACGAUGCACUUUAUACACCUGCCUGUCCGGAGACGUUGAGACGACAAUAUUUCAUGUAACAACAAAUGCCACAGCGACUUCGAUGGAGCCGGGAGUGUUUGCCAAUGGAACUGGGAAUGACCCCACCAGUGCGGUUAUUGGCAAUACAACCGACCCCACUCCAACUGUGACCCUUCACAACCUGACCAGCUUAACCAAUGGGACCAAUCCGUCUCCGACCUGGACCAAUGGGAACCUCACGAGCUCAACCAAUGGAACCAGCACCGUUCUGGUUUCAGUGAAUGGCAGCCUGGCUGCUACAAUAGACCAAACCAGUGUCAACCCAACACCCUCAAACAACGGAAACAAUAGCCCUCUGGCAGCAACAUUCUGCAGCACUGAACCCCGUGCGAUCAUCUCUCCAACAGCAACACAAACAGUUGUAAUUAUUCUUGUCAUCAGCGUCCUUUUGAACAUAGCUCUCCUCAUGUGCUUGUUGGAAAGGAGAAGGCGGAUGGCCCCUCCACAUAUGACUGAAAUGGAGCCAUUGUCAUUACCCAGAGAGGAAGUUCUCGAGGCUUAGGAAAGGGAGAGCUUUGGAAAGGAAUCGGGAGAGAAAGUGAAGGGUGCGAUGACUUUCCAAGGCUGCCUAUUGUGAAAGAGCCCUGCUUCAUGCCAUGCUCAUCGUGUCCGUAUGCAUUGCCUGGUCUGUCCUCUGCCUCUCGUGUUGCUGUUGUCUCUCGACUGUAUUUUCCGAAUCCCCUUUCUUCAAACCCCGCCACCCUCCCCACUACGUCCAACCACCUCGAUCUGCAAAAUGGGCCUUAGAUCUGCGCGAUUAAGUUGGGGGAAAGAACUGUUUCUAUUUGUGGGUGGUCUGCACCACUGGAGAAGGAGGGGUGUUGACUUUCUUCCACUGCGGGCUUUACCAAUGUGCAAAUAAUUAUUGCCCAACCGCCAAGAGAUGGGCAGACAUCGAAGAAAGUGGUUCUCUCUGUUUCCCUGAACUCCUCCUCCAGAGGAGAGAAGGAAGACUGUAUACAUGUCUGAGUUAAGAGAGACUAGUCACUCAACCCAGUAGGAUUGGCGGUCAUGGAGAAAUGGAAGAUAGGGGACACAGCUUUUGUACGGAACGUUGGUGCUAGAUGUUCAUUGGUUUUUCUCUGCACCUUAACUCUGUCAGGAUCACUCAACAAAUUUGGUUCAAUUGUGCCCUGACACGAUGCACUGAAGACACCUUGACUUUCUUGCUGAACUUGAUUGUGUGUUUUUUUUUAAUAUACUGUUGCAUUGCUAAGUUUCUUUUUUUGUUGUCCCCAGCCAAAAGCAUGACUUCCGACCUUGGUGCUUGCCCUGCCCAGGAAGCAAAUCCAGACUGUGAUCCAUAAGUGGCACUUUGGCCGCUCCGUAAAUUGGAGAGGGCAGAGACAGACUCCAACUGGGAAUGAGGCAGGAUCAGACUGGGCAGCUGUGGGGGUGGGGCUGCCUGGAAAACUGGGAGGAUAGGGCGGAGGGAGGGAGUUGGGCUUGUGGUAGAGGAGGAGGCCGAGAUCCUUAAAACAAAGGUGGCUUCUGUGGUUAGCACUGCUGCCUCACAGCGCCAUGGACCUGGGUUCGAUUCCAGCCUCAGGCAAUUGUGCA